GAACGGAUGACAGUGGGAAGAUUCAAUCAAUGAAUCGGCACCUUGCUAUCCAUUCGCGUAAAGUCUCAUCUACUCUUUUGCAACUAAAGAUCCCGAUUCUCGGUGCCAUAGAAUUUGUAGAAGACUACAACAAAGCAAAGAGAGGGAAAAUACCUGCACGUGAAGCUCUGAUCGAUAACAUCUCGCAGUUGAAAGGCAUCAGCAAAGUUUCCAUUCUUGCAAAAGGCAUCAGGAGGGCAUACAACUACCUGCAAAGUUGGAGAAAAUUGAAUUUUCUGUCAUGACGAUGAAUACUGUGGAACGAGAUGGCCAAGAAGAGUUUGAGGCUGAAACUCGCACUGAGGGACAUGAUUUCAAAACAAACAUAAGCAAAGCUGUGACCAACGUAUUGGAAGGAUACGAUUUGGCACUGGUGCCUAUGCCAGUCCGGACAGGUGCAACGUCCAAGAACAAGCCUCAUGUGAAACGCCCGAUGAAUGCGUUUAUGGUCUGGGCCCAAGCAGCAAGGCGAAAGCUAGCGGACCAGUACCCACAUCUCCAUAAUGCUGAACUGUCAAAAACACUAGGAAAGCUGUGGAGGAUGCUCAGCGAAGGGGAGAAAAAGCCAUUUGUUGAAGAGGCGGAGAGACUGCGCCUGAAGCACAAGAAAGAACACCCUGAUUAUAAGUACCAGCCGCGCAGAAAGAAGAACAUGAAGGGUGGGAGCGACAGUAGCGAACCAGAGAUAACAGCCAGCGAUCUGUUGCGUGUGAUCAAGGGGGAACAGGUUGACCUUGGAUCAAAGAGCAAAAGCCUCAGCAGUCUUGCAAGCGCGAGCAGUUUCGAUACAAACCACGACCUUACCCCAUGCAUGACUCCAGAAGGGAGUAGUCCAACACUUGGAGAUGUCAUCAGCCCUGACGGACAGAGCCCGAAGCCGGUUCCGUGGCAGUUCUCACCAUUAAGCAACGAUGAAAGUGCCGCUUCGCCCACUGGCAGCCCUAUGUCGAGUAACAGAUGUUGUCUGCUACAGAAUGGCGUGCAAAAUGGAGCUGUACAUCCAAAACUCGAGCCAGUGAGUCCAGAACACUGCAGGCCAGAAAUGGGGAUCAAGGAGGAACUACCUAGCAACAAGAAUAGUAGCAGGGACGUUUCUGGUCCUGAUGUGCCGAGAGAGUUCAUUGCUGUCUCUGAUAUUGAUGUUGGCGAAUUUGAGCAAUACUUGGAAAGCACAAGCCAGAGCAUAAUAACGCACUCAACAAUGCUCCGAGCUGGUGCUCACAAUGCAGCAACUUCUUGGCGGCAAACUAAUUACCCACCGCCUAUGCAACAUCAGUCUCAGCCAGCCCGCAUCAAUCGUUUGUCAAAUGCAAAGCUGACCAGCGUUUAUUCUGAUUCCAGCAUGCAAAUGACGCCAGCAGUCUCAUACCACGAGAGACAGCAACGAUUCAGUCCCUACCAAUAUCACAAAGGGAAUAACAACAACAACAACAAUAAUAAUAACAGCUUGAAUGCAACAAACAACAAUUAUAUCCACAGUUACGGAAGCAGCCAGAUGAGCUCCUUCAAUUUCCCGCCAAAUAUCGAUAACCAACCAAUGCAUUUUUCACCACCCCAUCCGAGCCUUGCUCCUUCAAACACGAAUCAUCCGGCUACGCCAAUAAACAAUAAUUUUUACAUGAUGAACUCGGGAAGUUAUCAAGAGGCCGACAAUAUGCAGUAUCAAAACGAGGUACCAUACAACCAUGUAGACUUACAGCAAACUAACCCCUAUUCAUGGCAUCACAAUAUGCCUGCAACAGGUGGUUACGGACGAAUCUAGAAAAACUGAAAUGUCGUCUUCAGCAACAAUGUGAUUCUUCGUCUCAGAAGUUUGGAGAAACAUACAUGAAGUACUCUUUCUAGAUACUUCCCAGCAGAAAGUGAAUCCUUGAAAAUUUUACAUCAGAGUUUCAGUGACAAGGUCUACUGGUAUAUGGUCCUUCUGCGUUCCGUUAAUACCGAACAAGCAGUUUUGGACAGUCAGAUGGAGCAAUUAUGAGCAUGUGUUGUUAAUAGAAAGUUAUGAACUUGGGACAACGAGUUGAGUAAUGUCAAGUAUAAGCGCAUAAAAGAAAAGCAGAAGGCACAGGAUCAUUUUCAGGCUAGCACAAACCAAGGUGUAGUAUGCGUUCUGCAUUAGUGCUAGCUUUUUUGAUGCCAUAAUUGGGCGCUAAACCAGCCUGAAUUCAGAGCUCCUCUGAAUACUACACCCUUGCUGCUAAGCUGAAAUUUCUAAAUUAUUUGGGAUAUGUUUUCUUAUGUAGCAGGUCUAUAUAAUGUAUAAUGGACAGUCUUUGUUGCAAAUCGUUUUAGAAUUCGAUGGCAAAAGUUUUAAGUAAAGAAUGCAAAGCUUUUUCAGAACAGUCGUAUAAGAAACCUUAAGCAAAAUAGUGUAUAUCGAUAGUUUUUGUUUUUUUGCGUGGUACGUUGGCUGUGCCCUAUUUUUGGAAUAAUUUAGAGAGGAGCUUCUAUUUGAAGGAGAGGAGAUCUUAAGUGGGUCUCGAAAUUUUUCCCAGAGAGAUAUAGAACCUCGAUUUUUUUUCUCUAAGCUCAGUUAACCUUCAAAAGGUGUAAGUGAAAGAGAACAUCCAUCUUUGAUUUUUUGUGUUUUAAGUUACGCCUCCACCCCCUUUGGUCAAAAUCCAUCCCAAACUCUAACCCUAGGUAUUUUUUCGCCUUUAACACCGCCUUGAACUGGAAACCCUAGGGAAGGAACCAGAUAUAUGAAUUCCUCAGAUGCUCUCGGGCUUCUUGGUUUGUGGAAUGGUUAAUUAAUAUGGUUGAAAUUUGAGCUUCCCUUAGAUCAAAUUUAAGGAAGGGAUCGUGGGAACACAAAAAGACGCUACUCCAUUUCAAGCAAAUAUUGAGAGGAGGUUCUCAAAACCAAUAUUGAUUUUACAAAUAAUCUGCAAACUGAGAGAGUUGCUCAGAGUAUCCGCUCAGCGAAAUUAAGUCUGUCGGUAUUCUGUCUCGCCGUUUGUCUCCUACACCAAGCUUAGAUGCUUAACCUUGGCCACAUUUCUCCUAGGAUUGCACUAUUGUCUCCAACCUUCCAACCAGAAUGAAGGAAAAUCUCUAGUAGUUCACCCCCCACUUGAAUGCUAUUAGUUGUCUCAACUUGCAUUGCCCAGGGUUAACACAGGGUUUGCUGACAAUAAGAGUGUUAAGACACCAAGCCCUCGUGAAUUAUGCUCUUAUCCAGAUACCUACACAAUAACUGCAAGCGUUUCACCGCAUAUCCCCGCCUAUAAGUGACUCAGUAUUACUUUCCCCUUUUCUCCAUCAAUUAUCUCAGAUACCAAACCGCUUAGAAGCAACAAUUUAGAUAAAGGAGUUCCUAACCUUCCUGCCAGUUCUUUUUACUAAUAGUUAAUUCCACGAAUCGACAAACUAUGCUCACAUAACAUUUGCAGCACUAUUAGUGGUGUAAGCGAAUAACGUAUCUACGGAGACGGUCGCCAUUUGUAAUCCACUGAUCCCCAGUCUGCAGUCUGGCUCGCAAAGACCAUACAUAGGUCCUCUAAAGAGGCCGCUCGCCUUGCAAAUCAUGCAGUUCUCACGGAGAGCUAUCCCUUAAAGUUGCUGGCUGCGACUAGAGUUUAUAACUGAAUGCUUUUAACACCCAAUCUGCAGUACCACUGUGUCACUUGCGCAUACUCUCGUAUGCUUCAUCAAAGCUAAUCAUUAACGAUUUCGUUGGACAACUGUCAAACCUCGCCGACUGGAACAUUCGUCCUGCUCUCACCAGCAUUUGGUUCCACAAUUUAUAACUUAUGCACAUUCUGGCUUGGUAGUAAAUUUUGUAAUUUUGUCAAGUAGAGUUCGUAGUUUUUUAGCUGUUUGUUGUAAAUUUUAUAUUACGGAUGCCUUUGUACAAAAUAUUGAUAUUCGCCUAUUUAUAAUGGUUAUAAAUGAAUUUGAACAUAAUGUAGCUUGUUUAAUCAGCCCUUUAGUCGCUGUAAUUUGCCUAUUAAGAUAGCAGAUUUUUGAUUACGUGGAGUUUCAUCAAACAUGAAUUCCCUCUACCGGUUUUA